CUGAGCUCUCUUUGUAGAUUGUAGCUCGAUUUUUUUUUUCUCUGUUUUCAAAUCACUCAAGUUUGGAGAGGAUAUAGGUGUCCUUCCGAAAUUGGGAUGUUCGGUCCUUGAUAAUUUGCCAUUGUUUCUGCAACACAAAUAUUUGUGGUGUUAAUUGUUUUGUGCUGGAUUGUUAGGAUGAACCAAGAAGAAUCAGUUUCCAAUCAAAUUUUAGAGUUCUAAAACCUAAAAAUGGCAGCUUUUCCCGCAGUAAGGAUUUGCCCCCUUGCCAUUUCGAGUUCGGCCGAAAGAAGUAAUAAGAGAUUACAAUCGAGGUGUAAUGCUAUGCUUUCCUUGGAUGAAACAUCAACAAGUCGCCGGUUUCUUAUGCAAAAUGCUGCUGUUUCUGCACUUGCAUUGCUGAAUCUGAACUGUGGAUUGAUGUUAUUGCCUGCACGGGCAGAGGAAAAGGCGAAGGAUGAUGAGGGUCUAGUUGGGGCGUUGCAGUCAUUGUUUGAUCCUAAUGAGAAAACCAAAUCAGGAAAGGUUUUGCCAAAGGCUUACUUGAAAUCAGUUAGAGAAGUUGUGAAAACACUCCGCGAAUCAUUGGAGGAAGAUACCAAGGAUAUGGCUAAGUUCAGACGAACAGCUGAUGCAGCAAAGGAAUCAAUCAGGGAAUACUUGAGUAGUUGGAGGGGGCAGAAGGAAGUUGUCAACGAGGAAUCAUAUGCAAUGCUCGAAAAAACCAUAAGAUCGCUCGCCAGUUUUUACUCGAAGGCAGGACCAUCCGCUCCCCUUCCGGAGGAGGUUAAGACAGAAAUAUUAAGCAAUCUCACCACUGCAGAAGAUUCACUUUGACAUGGGAUCACAGUUUGGAACAUGUCUGAGUCCAUAGGCUCCAUUUUCAUAACUUCGUGUAUAUUGAUAGCCUAUAAUACUUCAUUUCUAAGAUUAGAGAUUUUUUGUUUUGCUUGUAAUCCUCAAUUGGAACUAUGAUUUAUUAUACUCCUAUGUGUUUGAUUUUCUUCCA